AUGGAGUUUGGGACCGGAUUUGACAAGCAUGGGGACCGUGUCCCAAGCGAGGAGUGGGUUGAUUUUGAGACCAAGACCAUUGAAGUAGUGGAUGAGUUUGAGCUCGACCAUACAAAAGAAAAGCUGAAUGCCACAAUAAGCAAGGAUCACAUGUCAUUGUCGUUCAUGGACCAGAUGCUAGAGAGAUUGGCUGGGCACAAAACAUACAUUAACCGGUUGAGUAAAUUGGCCAUUCGAGUCGAGAUGUCAGAGGGCCAGCAAGAUUGGUCUGAGGGAUCAGAUGCCCUUUUCUCAGUUUCUCCUAUUAUUACUGUUGAAGUUUUUGAUGUUUGGGGUAUUGAUUUUAUGGGUCCAUUUCCUUCAUCUAGGGGUUUCUUAUAUAUCUUAUUGACUGUUGAUUAUAUAUCAAAGUGGGUGGAGGAAAAAGCCACCAGGACUAAUGAUUUUAAAGUGGUUGCAGGUUUCUUGAGAACUAACAUCUUUUGUAGGUUUGGAGUUCCACGUGUUCUGAUUAGCGAUGAAGGUUUUCAUUUCUGUAACCGGACAAUAGAGGCAUUGCUCAAGAAGUAUGGAGUGACCCACAAAGUUUCGACACCUUACCACUCUCAUACAAAUGGAAUGGCAGAAGUGACCAAUAGAUAG